AUGUUCAACAAAACUUAUAUCACAAGGGUGAAUCAAAAUGAGCAAAUUUCUGGAUUUCAAAAAGUGUUGUUGAGUGUUUCAUCGGCUUUUACGGCUUUAAUUGACCCUAGUCGACAAGAUAUGGUCGCUACAUUAGGCGAAACAACUGGCACAAUUUUUCUAGAACGUAUCCGAGACAAAAUGCUACAAGACAAAAUCGGUCGUCGCAUUCUUCGCGAACAACCAAUAGUAAACUCCCAAACAAUAGACCUCAAUUAUCUUCGUCAGCUUCCCAAAACCACGUUCGGACGCGCAUACGUUGCAUUUCUCGACAAGUAUCAAGUAACUCCUGACUCCCGUACAAAAGUUCGGUACAUUGAUGAUCCAGAGCUGGCCUAUGUUAUGCGUCGAUUUCGGGAAGCACAUGAUUUCUUUCAUACAUUGACAAAUCUUCCUACAACUGUUGAAGGAGAACUAGCGCUGAAAUGGUUCGAGUUAGCACAGACAGGGCUCCCAGUGUCUUUAUUGAGUUCAUUGUUUGGGCAUUUGAGAUUGACUUCAAAGGAAAGAAAUCAUUUGUUUGAUAUUUAUGUUCCUUGGGCGGUGCAGUGUGGUUCCAGCAGCAAGCUAUUAAUGAAUGUUUAUUUUGAAGAGUACUUUGAAAAGGAUAUUGAUGGAAUGAGAAGAGAAUUGGGAAUUUAUUUAAUCGAUGACUUGAAAAAAUAA